AUGGAGUCGGGCGCAUGCGCCGUGGCGGCUGGAUUGUUGCACCCUCAGACAGGGCGGCCCGUUACCAAGCGCCGCACCGCGCAGGGGCUGGCCAACGACGACAGCAGCGAGGAGCAUUGCCACACGGACUACUUCCAGCCCGACAACAACACACACUCGCCAGAUUACGGGAUGGCCGUGAAUGUAUACGCCACAUCUGUCUCCAUCGACAACCUCAGCCGGCAUGACAUGCUGGCGUGGGUCAACGAUUCUCUGCACCUCACCUACACCAAGAUCGAGCAGCUGUGUUCAGGGGCGGCAUAUUGCCAGUUCAUGGACAUGUUGUUUCCAGGGUGCAUUCUUCUGAAGAAGGUCAAGUUUCAAGCCAAACUGGAGCAUGAAUUUAUACACAACUUUAAAGUUCUUCAAGCGGCAUUUAAACGGAUGAGUGUUGACAAAAUUAUCCCAGUGGAAAAGCUCGUCAAAGGGAAAUUCCAGGACAACUUUGAGUUUGUGCAGUGGUUCAAGAAGUUCUUUGAUGCCAACUACGACGGGAAGGAGUAUGACCCUUUACUAGCCAGACAGGGGCAGGAUGUGGCCCCUGCCCCCAAUCCAGGUGAUCACUUUAUCCACAAACCAAAGAGAAACCCAGGACCACAGCGGACAUCUCCAACAGUUCCCAAAAACAUGCCAACACCACAGCGGGUCCAACACAACACCCCUGUCAUGAGGAAGAAUCCAUCGUUGUCCAGGAAUGGGGGCAGCGACGCCGAGAUCAUGGAGCUAAAUCAACAGCUGAUGGAGUUGAAGUUGACAGUAGAUGGUCUAGAGAAGGAGAGGGACUUCUAUUUCAGCAAACUGCGGGACAUUGAGCUGAUCUGCCAGGAGCACGAGAGUGAAAACAACCCCGUUCUCAGCAAGAUUAUCGACAUUCUCUACGCAACAGAGGAAGGCUUUGCACCUCCAGAUGACGAGGAGCUCGAUGAGCAAGCCCAUCUGGACCAGGAUGAAUACUGAGCCAAAUGUCUCUUUCCACCCAGCUUCCCCCAUCUUCUCUCUCUUAUUUUUUUGCCCUCAUUUCUUUUCUACUCUCUGCACGCAUACUACAGAUCAGACCGUCUGAUACACAACUACUCUGAAUCAUCAUUUGCUGCUCCACAUGGCCUCCACUGACACAGUAACAGUAUGACAUAUCCUCCUCACUUCAGCAUGAGUAACGCAGACAAUUGAGCUGAGCCUGCAAUGAAGGUUGUUCUGGCAAACAGUGAGUUUGACUCUGUAAAUAUUACCGAGCAUUUGGAUUUUUAAAAGAUUAACGUCUUUGCUUAUUCUGGAGUUAUUUAUUUGCCUUUUGUGCUGUUGACAUUAUGCAAGCACAGAACAACACCGCUCCAAUGUGCCAUGAGGACACUUGAGCUACUAAAACUGUAACAAAAGUGACUUUUUAAUAGCUAUUUCUUAUUUAUUUAACUUAUAUUUAGUUUUGAUUAACUAUCUGUAGCACUGAUGCAAACCUACUGUUCAUGAAUUGAAAGCUGAGGCUUUGUGAGUUUGAGGGGGGGUGGGGUCGUGCUCAAGUCCACAUCAAGCUUUUGGAUUCUGGUGUGGGUACAAAGCAGGUAGACGCACUGGAGAUUAUUUGUUUUGAUGACUUAAGGUACAUGAUCAGUGCUCAACGAUUACUUCUUAUUGAUCAGCAACAUAUCUGAGCAUGAGAAUGUUACACAUUGACUGUGAAUGAGUGAUAUUUUGUAAAUGUUUUUUGUGUGGAGAUUUUGUCUGAUGUUGCACGAGCCUGGUUUAUUGCCGCUGUAUCUUUAAGGCUGACGCGCAGCAGCCUUCAAGUUUGAAAUUGACGAGCUGGAAAGACACCUACUGGUAACAUGGUUAUGUAGCAGUUCUAAUGUAUCUCUCUAAAAGAUUCAGUAGGCAUCAUAAAGAAUCAAAGCAUACACAUUUGCGAAUGACAGCUUUUUUCAUGUUUUACUGCUAAACAUACAAUAUUUCUACUUUUAAUUUGCUAUAAAAGAGUUUGUACAGAGUUUGAGUUCUUGCCUGAAAGAAAUUCCCUAUUAGGGGAGCUGGGGCCUGUUGACUGGUAACCAUGAGCAUCAAAUUAAACAAAGGAGCCUCGCAUCCUUACCUAACUAUUUUUUACUUUACAAACUGGCUAUUGUUUGCACUCUGGAACAUGCCUCCAUUGACCAUGUCCACAGAAGGAUCAUCUUUUGAGUUUUGAAUAAAGAAACAGUUGUGAAACAAA